AUGGCGUUUCUUUCAGGCUUUGUUAGGAGCGGUUUAUCACUAUUAGGAAAAGAAUCGGCAUCGUUCCCUUAUUCUGUCGGUGCCAAAGUGGAAUGGUUUGAUGAGCACUCUAUCUGGUCGCUGCAUCAAGGCACGAAAAAGGAAGAUGGGUCCAACGUAUCAAUCUUUAUGUUUGACUGCAACAAACAACCUGACAAAGUCCAGUUGGCUCGCAACGCCUUCAAGAGGAUGAGAACUAUGCGACAUCCAGAUCUAUUGCGCUAUGUGGAUGGUAUCGAGACUGAGCAAGCCAUCAUGUUUGUGACAGAUCCUGUCGAGCCAUUAUCAAACCAGUUGAAUCAGAAUCCAAACGCUCUUCUUUUGCUAUGGGGAUUAUACAAAGUGGCGAAUGCACUCAAGUUCCUCAAUUGCGAUUGUGAUAUGGUACAUGGCAAUGUCAACGUGUCAUCGAUCUUUACCAAUGAUGCCGGAGAAUGGAAGCUUGGAGGAUUUGAAGUAUUGUCGUCAAUGAAGGAGGAAAGUCCUGUUAUUUUGUCCCUCGGCGGGCUUACUCCAAAAGCGCACCAAUAUAUGACACCAGAAGUGAAAAAAUCAGGGUGGACGGUGAUUCAAAAUAUUCCCACCACUGCCACCGAUUCCUAUCAUUUGGGAUGCUUGAUCUAUGAAACGUACAAUCAUCAUUUCGACUCGACCGAGAAAUUGCUUUCGCACCGUGGCAACAUACCAACAUCCAUGUAUUCGGUCUAUCGUGAAUUACUAAGUACCGCGCCUGGAUCAAGAGCGGAUGCUGGCACUUUUCUUGAUGAUGGAAUGCGAUCAGGCAGCUUUUUCACCGACGAUUUCAUCGAGUUUAAUGUUUUCCUUGAGAAUAUCAGCAUCAAAGAACAACGCGAGAAGGAAGCCUUUUUCAAUCAACUAGACAAUUCGAUUGACAGCUUUCCAACUGAGUUUGCGACACACAAAAUUCUCCCCGAGUUACUCAAAGCCUUUGAAUUUGGUUCAGGUGGUGCAAAGGCAUUGAAUGCGAUUCUGAAAAUUGGUCAACAUUUGGAUACCGAACAAUAUGCCAAGAUGCUUGUGGAGCCCAUUGUACGCAUGUUUGCUUCACCUGAUCGAGCCAUCCGUAUCAGCCUUCUUGAAAACAUGCCCAAAUUCAUUGAUCAUAUCCCAAACAAGACCGUGACGAAUCAAGUAUUCCCGAAUGUGGCUACGGGUUUCACCGACACAGUGCCCAUUAUUCGUGAGCAGACCAUCAAAUCGAUCCUUUACUUGGUCCCCAAGUUGAGCGAGCGUGUCAUCAACUAUGAUCUUUUAAAGUAUUUGGCAAAACUUCAAGUGGAUGAGGAGCCUGGCAUUCGAACAAACACCACCAUUUGCCUUGGAAAGAUUGCAAGGAACCUUUCGGAUGCGACUCGUAAGAAAAUUCUGGUGCCUGCUUUUACUCGCGGCUUACGAGAUGGUUUCCACCACGCGAGAAUUGCUGCUUUGAUGGCGCUCAUGGCUACUGUGGAUACCUACGAUAUUCAAGAAUGUUCGUCUCGUAUUGUUCCUGCCAUCUCUUUGGUGUUGAUUGAUAAGGAAAAAUCCGUACGAACUCAGGCUUUCAAAACAAUCCAAGCAUUCAUAUCUCGCAUAGAAGAAUAUGCCAGUACAAUGCCUGAAGAAGCUCCUCCACCACCACCUCAAUCAUCGUCUCCUUCUACUGUUGGAGCUUCCAAUGGCGAUGCAGCUGCUGCAAACUCUCAAGUUGGAUCAUUGUCAAUGUCAGGCGUGUUUGGAGAAGCAACCAAAGGCUUAGCAGGAUGGGCUGUAUCAUCUAUAGGUGCUAGGUUCGGUACACCUAGUGGUGAAAUUGCUGAUGCUGGUCAAUCCCCCACUUAUGAACCAUACCGGGACACAAAUACACCUCCUCAAGCAAGCUCUGAUUCAGUUACCCGAGUAUCCAAUACAACACAACCACGAUCAACAACUCCUUUGAGAGACAUGAAUGGAUGGGACGAUGACAAUAUUAUGGAUAAUUUUGAUAGCGCUGAUGGUGAUGGAUGGGAACCAUUGGAUACCCUUGUGACAAAUGAACCAGAACCCAUCACAUCCGUUGUACCAGACACGAUCAAGCCGGCAAAUGCAGUAUCAUCCUUUGGAGCGUCUACCGAUUCACCAGGAAUUCGAAAAGCAGGGGAGCCUUUUAAGCUUUCUUCUGCAACAUCUCAAGCCAAAUCAUCUGUUUUAUCAAAGGAUGAAAAGCGAGCCGAAAUGGAACGACGUCGAGAAGAAAGAAGACAGCGAAUGGCAGAGCUUCGAGAAAAGAAAAAGGGUGGCAUAGGAGCCAAAAAGAUAUAG